UUUACUCUUCCUAACACACUUUUACAUUAACACUUCCCACUUUGUAUCCAUACCUUCAUCUUCAACCAUUUAGGUUAACAUAUACCACCAUCAGCGGCGCACGUUAACCAUGGAUCGCAACGCCGUCUUCCUCACGGCUUUCAUCUGCAUUGUCAUCUCCUCCGUCGGCGGUCAAUCUCCCUCUUCCUCCCCCACCACUUCCCCACCACAAGUCGUCGCAUCUCCUCCUCCUACCACCACCGCUCCCCCACCUCAAGUCGCAUCUCCACCAACCUCCACUCCUCCCCCUGUAGCCGCACCUCCCACCGUUGCCUCACCACCACCAACUACUCCUCCUCCUGUUGCUUCACCACCACCGGCUACCCCUCCUCCUGUUGCAUCACCACCUCCUGCUACUCCUCCUCCUGUUGCAUCACCGCCACCAGCUACUCCUCCUCCUGUCGCCUCACCACCACCUGCUCCACUCGCUUCCCCCCCUGCUCCUGUCCCCGUUUCAUCUCCCACUCCUAGUGUGACUCCGACGGUUGCUCCUUCUCCUUUACUUUCAAGCCCACCGGCACCUCCCACCGGUGCUCCUUCUCCUUCUCUAGCCACCGAUCUAUCUCCGGCACCAUCUGCUACCGAUGUGAGUGGCGUAGAAAAGAUGGGUUCAAUGGUUGGGAGCAUUGUUUUUGGAUGUGCUCUUGUUUACUCGUUAUUCUAGAGAUUGAUGGAUAUUUUUAUGGAAUUGAGAUGGGUUCUAUAUAGUUUUCGGGGAGUAUGGUUGAAUGCCUUUGCAUUGUAUUUGGAGUAGCUAUAUACAUUCUUUUGGGGGGAUGAUGAUGUUUCUUGUAAUUUUGAUUCUGAUAUUAUUGUGGACGACUUAUAUUGUUUUCAUUUUUGCUACUUUAUGAUCUAUUUUGGAAA